AUGACAUCUGAUGUGCAUAGAGAAAGAGAGCAUGGCGUGGUGGUCGUGGAUUGCCAUCGUGUGUGCCGCGAUGGCGGCCUCCUUCUCAUCGAGUGCCCUAACGAGUGCCCCACCGCAAGCCCUACUGCAACUGCCGCCUCAAGGCCUGCUUUGCCAACUGUAGCCGUUCCAAAACCACAUACAGUAGUACUCCGAUUAGGAAACAGAUCGAUGUGCUAUGACCCCCGAUUCAUGGGCGACAAUGGCAAGAUGUUCUACUUCCAUGAUGCCAAGGGCGGUGACUUCCGGCUCGUCUCCGACGAGCAUUUCCAAAACAACGCCCACUUCAUCGAGUGGCAGCCGGCGAGGCACGCCCGUGACUUCACGUGGGUGCAGGCCCUCGCCGUCAUCUUCAACACCCACUGGCUCGUUGUCUCAGAAUACCACAUGAGCGCCUGGGAUGACGGCGUCAACGCGCUCGCCGUCCUGUAG